AUGAGUUUCGAAGCCACUGAAAGUCCAGAAUGCAGCAUUAACACCACAAUCCCUGACCAAGAGACAACCGGCGAACCCAUGAUGAGCGACCAACAGGAGUCUCUUCAAUCUGAAGUCUCUCAAGAUAUUGAAACGGACAGCAAUUUUGUGACUACACAGGUCACGGCUCACCCACCUGCUUCAACACUGUGCGGUAUCCCGGCAGCUUUGAGUAUCCAGCUUUCUCAGAUGUUCACAGGAGAUCACCUGAUGGAGGUCCACAAUUUAAUUCAGGCUCAUCUUCCGACAGCAAUUGGUGAUCCAGCAGUACCUGUCGACGGUUGUCCUUUACUCGAAUUGAUUCCUAUAGAGUGCCGGAAGCAAAUCUGGGAAUGCCUACUUUACAACCCUCUUCUCGGUGAAAGCUUUGCGACAAACGAAGAUAAUAGUGUCGUAUUCGAACUUUCCCCGGCAAUUCUGAGAGUCAAUAAACAGACAUAUAAUGAGGGGAUGGAUAUUCUCUACGGACGCAACAGAUUUCUGGUCCAGUGUGUCCCGCAUCACCCUAUUUUUUUUGACACUGAUAUUUUCGCUCGCUGUGCUUUGACCAGGUACCAACAGAUUGGUCGUAUCAACACAGCUGUAGAAGUAGAUGACGACAUCAUUCCAGCAGCAAAAUACGUCCAACAUUGGAAGAUUGUUCUGAGUGCCACAGUGCACAGGUCAUAUGCAUGGAAUGGUCUUGCAUCGAUUUGCCGCAAUAUCUACAUGGCGGAUAUACAGUCGAUCGAAGUUUUGAUCAUUCCCCGAGGUGUCGAAAGUGGCUGGGAGUCCAACGACAUUUAUGGAGAUCAAAGUCAGCUGGCUCUUACUUUGAAACCGCUGGAGCGACUACGAAAUAUCCAGCGAAUCACCAUCCGUGCUGCCGAGUUUGACGAAAUUCCUAGAAAUUCAUUGAAUGACGAGGAGGAGCUCGCGGAUGCGUUUACGCCUAUCUUGCCCGAUCCGGUUGAUGAAGUGAGAUUGGUAACUCUGAUUGAAGGUAACUCAGAUGUCGAGAUUAUCGAAGAGAUGUACAAGAAUCUUCUUGCUUACGUACGAAACUUCGAACGCAUUGAAGAGUUCAAGCUGGAUAUGGGAAAGCUGAAUUUGGAAAAUCUAGACCGGAUGACCGAACAACCUAUCUACCACACAUUAGGAGUCGAAAGCAGUAGCUUUGAUAUAUUUGAGACGAGCAUUGGCGUUUAUACGUUGAGCAAUCCUUUCAUAUCCAGCGCGCAUCCUGUGGAGAGCACAUUGCACGCAGCCAAGAUCGCCACCAAGGAGGACAACACGGAAGUAUUCAAACUUCACCGUUCAACGUUAAUUCGGUACUUGGAGCCUCAAUACAAGGCUAUUGAAGCGGCCUCAAAAGACUUGGUUGAUUUUAUCAAAAAUGAAAAGAAAACCGAGGGAUUCUUUGAGCCCGGAAAAUAUAGUCGUUCUCAUUGCGUGGCUAUCGCUAAUGAAGCCAUGGUCUUGCUUGAGGAUUAUGCGUCGAGCUUUGCACGAAGACUGGAACGAAAAACAAGACUUGCUAUCCGUAUGCAAAAGCUUCUAUUACAAUCCCGAUAUGAUGCUCUUCCACGAGAACAGUUGUUGAGGCACUGUGAGAUGGCGUAUGAAAAGCAAUGGUGGAAUCACUUUGUGAAUAAUUACAGAAAGGCUGUUAAUGAUAUGGAUACCCAGUAUCUUGCAAUCAGAGAGGCACGGAAGAAGCUCUAUGCGUGGGACUUGCAGUCAACUGUCCGCGAAACAGCUUUUAUGCCAAUGGUUCUUGAUGAGAUGAUCAAUUGGGAGACAUAUGAGCCAGACAUGAGGGUCAAUGAAGAGUGGAUUGAAUACCGCUCUUAUGCGCACAAUGAGUCUCUGGAACACGAAAAUGGUCACGAGAGCGACCGUGGCGACGGCGGAUGGGGUUCUAUGGAGUAG